AUGCGGUAUGGUCCUUCCCAGCUGAAGCCAAAUUUGCCGAGAUGGUCGAUCCUGUCUUCGUCGGAUUUGCGCAAGAUGAGGUCGUCGAGUGCGAAGCGGAGGUGUUGCUUUAGAAAAGCGACUGCCAAAUCGUCGAAGCUGUCGAUGGAGUCGACCCGGAGGCUGUCGAACCAUGUCAGGGCUUCACCACGCAGGUGCUCGGCGAGAGCUUUGCAAAGGUGUGCGCUUUCCUCUUCCGGCGAUGCGUAUCUCUGUCAUCUCAUGGCUAUCAUGAAGGAUGAAAUUCAUUGCUUGGGAUCGUCUCGGCCGUCGUAG